AUGUUCACCGACGCGCACGAUCCCUUCCCUAGAAACCCUAAUUUGAUCGGAUUCUCCUUCUCCUGGGAAUUAGAUUACGUGAACGUGCUGAACAUUCUAGAAGAUCUGGGGGUUCCGGUGAGAUCUGAGGAGCGGCUGGAGAGUGGUUCCACGUGUUUCGUGUUCGGAGGGGGCGCGGUUCUCUCGGCCAAUCCGGAGCCGUUUGCGGAUUUCUUUGAUGUGAUUCUGAUGGGGGAUGGGGAGGAGCUUCUGGGAAGCUUCGUGGACGCGUUCGAGGCGUGUGUGUCGGGAGGAGGGGUGGAGGGGGCGAGUGAUAGCAGCAGAAGCAGCAGACGAUUGGAAAUACUCUCGGCUCUUGCUCAGGUGCCAGGGGUGUACGUGCCUCUGCUGUACCGGGUGCAAUACCACAGCCCCACGGGGCCCAUUGCUGACGUGUCACCCCUGCAACUGCCAGCUGGCAGCAGCAGCAUCACCAGUGGCGGCAGCAGCAACAGCAGCAGUGCAGGGAUGCUCCUGGCACCACCUGCGGUGGUGGAGAGGCAGACGUACCGGGGCAAGCAGCUGGCCACGUCCACUGUGGUGUCGCCUCGCAUGGCAUGGGAAGGGAUAUACAUGGUGGAGGUGGUGCGCAGCUGUCCCGAGGUCUGUCGUUUCUGCCUCGCCAGCUACUCCUCUCUGCCCUUCCGCCCUGCCGCUCUUGAAGACCACCUCAUCCCCGCUAUAGAGAGAGGCCUGCAGGUGACCAAUCGCAUAGGCCUGCUGGGAGCAUCAGUGACGCAGCAUCCACAGUUUGACAGCCUGCUCUCGUACCUGCUGCAGCCCCACAUGAAAGACAUUCGCCUCAGCAUUGCAUCAGUGCGCACAAACACAGUGACCCCCAAGCUCGCAGCGGCGUUAGCACAGUCAGGGACUCGGUCGCUCACCGUUGCGGUUGAGAGUGGUUCCGAGCGCAUGCGGCGCGUGGUGAACAAGAAGCUGGAUUCAGCAGACAUCGUAGCAGCAGCAGUCAACGCACAGGAGGGUGGCUUGUCAGGGUUGAAGCUCUACGGCAUGGUUGGGCUCCCCAGUGAGACGGAUGCUGACGUGGCAGAGACAGUGGGCAUGAUGAGAGAGUUGAGGAGGGCGGCUCCCCGCCUCAAGCUCACACUUGGGUGCUCCACCUUCGUUCCCAAGGCGCACACGCCCUUCCAGUGGCAGCCGGUGCAGGCAGCAGCAGAGGCACGGCUGAGGGUGCUGGAAAAGGAAAUGCGGAAAGAAGGCGUGGAAUUCCGCCCUGAGAGCUACAAGUGGAGCGUCUGGCAGGCUGUUCUCUCAAGAGGUGACCGCCGCCUGUCAAGGUUGCUGCAGAGGGCACGGGAGUUUGGCGGGUCGCAGGGCAGCUUUGGGCGCGCAUUCAAGGAGAUGAAGGGGCAGGUGCCGCCACCUGAGUACUAUGCCUUCAGACUGGUGGGUGCUGGGGUGUGCGUUGUGUGGGGUUUGGGGGGGGUUCAGGUUCCGGGGUUUCGUGGGGCGUGCCUUCAAGGAGAUGAGGGGGCAGGUGCCGCCGCCUGA